AUGAAAUGCCAUGCUCAGAGAAACGACAAAAAUACUCCAACGAAUCCCUCGACUCGCAGAAAUACCAUUUCCGAAGGUGUUGCUCCUCAACCUCCACAGAAUGAGACCGACAUCAAUUCUCCUUCGGCGCUUUUCAAUGGUGCUCAUAAUGGUAUCCCCUUGAUGCAGAUCCUAUCACCAAGCAAUUAUCUGCCUCCUCCUGGAAAUGAUCCUGCCCAUGUACCCAAUAGGACCUCCUCUCUUGACGUUACGGGUCAUUCAUUCCUAGAUGGAGCCACCAAUCAACCCCAUCAUGCCCUUAACUUACAGCUUUCAAAUGCGACGUGGAAUGUGACUUCUCCCCUCAAUACUAUGAGCAACAAACCUUCGGGCCCUUCUCAUCAAAAGCCAUCUCCAUCUCAAAUAUCGGGUGAGGCAUCUACUUUCGAUAACAGUGUUACUACUCCCGGAAAUCCUGUCCAAACCCCUAGAUCCGAAAUGGGACCCAACCAAUUCAUGGACAAUACCAAUAUCGAUUGGCUCCCUCAAGCGCCUGAUGCCACGGAUCAUAACAACUUUCAUGACCCAUUUCAGAUGUGGCUCUUCCCUUCACUAGGUGAUCUCGACCAGUCCCCUGAUUUCUUACAAGCUUAUGGCCUUCAAGAUCAUCAGCCACAGUUUCAGGACCCAAAAGACUCCAGUCGUGCGAAUGAGGCUGCCGACAGGACGAGGAAUAUCGCCAAAGUCCCACGAGAACGAUUUUCCAGAGUACAGCGAUGUUGGAAUCCGCGACCCGGGAGAGUCUAUCGAAUAAUGACGGUCUUAUGGAAGGAUGUCGCUUCUUUGCCGAUGGACAACUUGUUUUCAGAGUCACCCAAUGGCGUCGAUGACUUUAGAACGACAUCAAACUGGGGCCUGGACACAGAAUGUAGGAUUCGUCUUAGAGACCAGUUUCGAACUCCUGCUCCUUCAGUAUUUCAUUCUCCUCGAAUUCAGCCAAUGCUUGACCCAGUAUUGUCAGCAGCACAAGCCGCCACCGCCAGUGACGAAUUUCCACCUGCUGAGAUUCUUGAUAUCGCCCUCGGGCUCUUUUUCCGUCGCUUCCACCCGACCGUACCAUUUAUUCACGUCGCCACAUUUUCAGUGCGGAACACUCCUUCACCUAUGCUGUUCGCCAUCUGUUUGAUCGGCUUGAGCAUACUCGGAACAACUGGAGCGACGAGGUUUGUCGGUAAAAUGUUCCCCAGUUUUCUUCAACGUGUCUCCAGCGACGUAGCGGCAUGUACGCGAGGCUCAACUCCAACAUCACAGCAACUCGUUGUCUUUGGUACAGCACUACUCACUCUCAACCUCUCAGUCAUUACCGGCGAGAAGGAUACCUUUCACCAAUGUCAAAUGCUCUAUGCCAGUCUGAUUUCCAUGGCUCAACAGAAUGGACUCUUUGCCGCCAACGAUGGACAGUCUCUCGGCUUGCUACUCUCCGAAAUGUCCGAGUCAGAUGACCGUUGGAAAGCUUGGUGUCGGAUUGAGUCGGCCAAGCGCCUCAUAUUAGGUCUUCUACUUGCCGACUCCUGGUAUUCCCAUCUGUUGUCGAAAGCCCCCAUCAUCAGGUCUGAGUCUGUAUGCGUCAUCGCCCCUUGCCACGAAUCACUCUUCCAAGCCCGAUCAGCAACGCAAUGGCAAUCACUUCUCCGCAGUGGCAAGAGCCAAAAUGCACCCAUGUUUCGAAUAACCGACCUGCACAAACCCGAGCUUGAAACCAGCGCAAAACUCGGCUAUUUAGGCACCUCUUCGCUCCUCGCACUUCUCCAGAUACAAGUUCUGGAAGCGUAUCAACGCCUCAUGGAACCUGACCCAUUGACCAUAGGAUCAUUCAUCCCCUGGCACGUAUACUCCAGCGACGCUCGUGCCCGCACCCUUGUACCGGCCCUCCUCGCCGGAGCACGAACUGCAGGCCCGCUAUCAAAAAUCGACGAUACAAACUGCACAGUUCUCUGGCACAGCCUCUGUGUCAUGCUACUAGCAGAUUUCCGCAUGUUUGAACUCGCGGCAGGCCGCCAUGGGGCCGGUCCCGCGACCAACGCUCUCGAGAACAUCAGCCAUUGGGCACAGACGCAAUCAGCCCGGCGAGCGUGCGUCCACGCCGCGCAGAACUUCAAACUCAUGUCAGAGCGCCGUGUCUCGGAUAACGUCACCAAUCACUCCGUCAUGGCACUCUUCUCCUCUGCACUCAUCCUCGGCCUCUACCUCUUCAUGGUUGCGCCCGGCGGUCGCGGCUCCUCACGCCAGGGCACAGCGCCCGUCGAGAUCGUCGAGAUCGAGCCCGACUGGGCCGAACUCCACGACCUCGGCUUCAAAGACGACUCGCAGUCCCACUCCCAGACGCAAUCUCUCCUCGACCACCCCGACCGCAGCACCACGAUGCUGACGACGAACCGCGAGGACGAACACUCGUUUUCUCUCAUCUACCAGUUCGUCAAGUUUGGAGGCACACUCAGUCUGAAUGGUGUGACGCACCAAGGCGGCUAUGAGUCUGCGAGGCGCGUGCUGCUUGAUUUCGCGAACCUCAUGGAUGGCAUUUCUGGCAGGAGGCUGCGUACAUUUACCCAGGUGCUGCAUAUCAUGAGUGAUGAUCUGAUGAACGUCGAUCCGACGAUGUGA